AUGAAAAGUAAUGUACGAGUGGUGUUGGAAACUGUGAAAAAACGUUCGGACUUGUUACAACUCGCUGGAGAGUGUUGUAGAAACAAUCCUGAAGUGGUAUUGACAGCAACGGCUCAUUGUCAAGAUAGUUUGGAAAAUACUAUUCGAUUUGCAGGGAAGGAAUUGAAAGCAAAUAAGGAAUUCAUGUUGAAAGCAGUUCAAGCUUGUAACAUGGCGUUCAAAUAUGCUUCGGAAGAGUUGAGAAAUGAUCCAGAAUUGGCUUUACUAGCUGUGAAAAAGAGAGGAUGGAUUUUGCAAUAUGCAUCCAAAUCGAUUCGACAAAUCGAAAUUUUGUAUUGCAAGCCAUUCAAUGGGACGCAAAGGCACUCAAAUAUGUCUCUGAAGUAUUGA